GCGAGGCAGCGGGCCAGGACCGAGCUGCUGCGCCAGGGGGCCCGCUGGCUGGUCGGCGGGUAUCGGCUCGGGCCCGGUCAUGUCUGAUUACCAGAUCUCGGUGGAGGAGCUGAACGACCUUCUGGCUAAUGGGAGCGGCUGCUACAGCCUCCCUAGCGCGCACAGCAACGAGGUGGUGCCGCGCAUCCACGUGGGGAACGCGUUCAUAGCCAAGAACAUUAUGAGGUUGCAGCGUCUGGGGAUAACCCAUGUUCUGAAUGCAGCAGAGGGGAAGUCAUUCAUGCAUGUCAACACUAAUGCAGAGUUCUAUGAAGGCACAGGCAUCAGAUACCAUGGCAUUAAAGCUAACGAUACGCAAGAAUUUAACCUCAGUCGCUAUUUUGAGGAGGCAGCUGAUUUUAUUGACAAAGCACUUUCCCAGAAGGAUGGACAAGUGUUUGUGCAUUGCCGUGAGGGCUACAGCCGAUCUCCUACACUGGUCAUCGCCUACCUCAUGCUUCGCCAGAAUAUGGAUGUCAAGUCUGCUCUGAGCACUGUCCGGCAGAAGCGAGAGAUUGGCCCAAAUGAUGGCUUUCUAAGGCAGCUUUGCCAGCUCAAUGAGCAGUUAGUGAAGGAGGGCAAACUGAAGCCCUAGAACAGAGCACCACAGUAUUUUUUUGAAGUUUCUCAAACCGUCAGAGGUCAUCUUAGGUGCUUUAGAUCCCCAAACCCCAACCACCAAGCUAAAUCACAUCAUGUGAGGGAGACAAUUCCCGCUCUUGUCUAGUGAAAGUAUCUCACUGAGUCUGUCUUUCAAAAUGGCACAAAAUUUUGUCACUGUUCGAAGCUGUAGCAAUUAAGAGGUGUUUUUAGAGGGAUAACUAGUGAUAACUCUAAUAUAAACUACAGUAUUACCUAGAAAGGUUGAACCAGAUGAUCCUUGAGGUCCCUUCCAACCUGGUAUUCUAUGAUUCCUAACAGCUGUUUUCACAUGUAUUUCACAGCCCCCCUGCAGCCUCUGUAGCAUGUAUGGUUUGCAUUGACAUUGAGUGUGAUUAAUUUAAAGCUUGUCUUGUUUUCCACCAGAGCACCAUUUUCUGAGAGCCCAAACACAUCUCUUCACUCACUCUUAAUUGAAGUACUGUAUUUUCUAAAGCUUCUUUCUCAUGCACACAGGUGCCUAAAGUUUGAGUGUAGGAGCUUCAAGGAAUGGAGAAGCAUAUACACAAAUGCACAGAUACACUUGCUUGUAAAAUGAAGUUUAUGCAGUGUUGUGUUUAGUGUGGAUUUAUGCAAUACUCAGUGUGUGGUAUUAAAGACAUUCAAAGCCCAAUCUUGAUGCACACUGUAUUUCCAAGAAUAUUUGUACCUCUUGCUGUUGCGAUUGACAUGAAAUAGUCUGAUAUUAAAUGUUCUUUUCUUUUUGCUUUGAAGUCAUACUAGAAAAAACUGUCAAGAGCAAGUAUUGAGGAAAAAACUCAAGAAAGGAAGAAAAAAUGUCUGCAUUUAGGAGUGCUUGUACUGGAUAUAUGAUCAAGCUCUAAGUAUCAGAAUAUAAUGGCUUCUGAGGCUUUUAUUGAAUUACGGUGUCUCUCUCCCUUCCUCCCUAUCACUGUUUAUUAACACAGAAUGGAAUGAGCACAUAUGCAGAUUAUUUCCAGUAGGACAGCACAGGUGUGCUUUCAAAGCAGUUUGCAGAAAUACACUCCGAACUUCUUGGACUGCUUGCAUAGUAUCAUAAAAUAGAAAUCAGCCUAGAUGCAUAUCAUAUGGAGUAGGAAAACAUUUACUUGCUAUUAAAAUAAAUUAUGUCUUGAUUCUGUUUCACAUGCAGAUGAAACGAGUCAUUGCAAUGUUGGGAGAGGAAGCUUUGUUUACAGUAUGCCUGACUUAAUGUGUAAAUGUGUACCUGUGAGUUACAGCACCGUAUUAAUAAAAAGAAUAUCCCACUUCAAAGUCAGAAUUGUUGGUUCAACUAACAGAACCCAAGAUGUAUGCAUUUCCUUCUUAUCUUUGCUUUAAUGUAGUUCUAGAUUGAAAAUCUUAAAUCUAUUUUAAACGGAAACACUGUUCUAUUAGUAACACAUGUAAGUCCAGAUCUACUUUUGUAUAUUCAGUUUGCUAAUCAAAAAUCACAUAGGACAUACAUUGUUUUACUUCAGUUGUUGGGGUUGUAUGGUUUGGGGUGGUGGGAAUGGUGUGGCGAGGGUUCUGCAUAGCUAGACAACUUUCUUGAAAUUAAACCCCAAAGGUGAGACCAGGCUUAUUUCUGUUUCUUUGCACAAGAUGGGAAUUGCCAAAUCGAGUAGCCUUUUCUCUUUUGUGUCCUUUAAAGGGAUAACUAAGGAACACUCUAUAUAGUGUUUCCUUUGACCUCCCUUCAGUCAGUAUUUAGUGCUUGUUUUGAAUCAGGAUGUUUUGGUAAUAACGAACAGUAGUCUAUUUCAUUGGGUAAUUACAUACCUGCUCGCCUUCUCACAUUGUAUCAGUAUUAAAUUAAUUGCUUCUUCAAAAUUCCUAGUUACUAAUUUCAUGCUGUGCAGCUUGGGCAAUAGGAACACACAGUCCUUUCCUACUAUACUAGCUUUUCAUACUGCAGUCUUACUUAUAAAUCUUUCAUUUUACUAUGGGUAUAGAUUUUUUAUCUUUUUUUCUAUCUUGUCUCACAGCACGUAUUCAUAUUGCCUAUCUGUACUACAAGGAAGAAAGAAGGAAAAAGUUGAGAUUCAUGUGCCAUGCACUUUGUCUUUGACCUGUUACUUAGAACUCAAAAAUUCCAGUCAGGAAUUCCACACAGUAAUUUGUUCUUGUAUUCAGGAUGUUAUUUUAAUUCACGAGACACUGCUCACUUCUGGUGGUAACUUCAGUGGUAUCCUGGCCCCUUUUAUCUCAGUAUUACAAAACAGAUUUAACAAACAUUUUGUAAUAUGAGGGUGGAGAUUUUAAAUGAGUUCUAUGACAGUAUAUCCUAUUUUGAGUUACUGGGUGACUCAGUAAUGAAACCAUUUCUAGCUCCACUUUUAGAGUACGCUAAAAACAGUUAGCAUGUCAGACCACUGUUACAGUAGUGGAUCAUACCCUUCCUCUUUUAGUCUUACCUUGCUGUUUAAGUACAGCAAUGUUGCAAAUUCCUCUGCCUGUUUUAGCUGGCCAAGAAGAGCCUGUAUGCCUCUAAUCCAUAAUGAUACACUGUUUACUUCUAAAUUUCUUUUUCUUAUUGUAGAAAGAAAGAUUGUAUUAAAAGAAGAACUAGAGCUUUCUGCAUAAAAGGAAAUUGAGAAAGUACUGGAAGAAACAGACCUUUUUAUUCUUCUGAAAUUACUCCACAGCUGCCCUUUACUCUGAGAUGCUCCUUAUAACCAUGCUAAUUUGGAUUAUAUUUUUUAAAACAACUAUUUGUUGCAAAAAGCAACACUACACUUUUGAAGCUGAAACCUCUUGGUUAUAGCUAAAAUAAUGUGAUCUGGAUUUACAUUAAUAUAAUAAUCCUGAACAGCAGUGUGGUACUUUUUGUGUAGAUAGCACUGUUUUUCUCCUAUGAGUAUGCCUGUCUUACCUUUCUUGGUGAUGUGAGAAUUAAUAAUCUUAAUAAAAGCUUUGAAGAUGAAUAGCACUGUGCGUAAGAACACAACAUGCUCUUCAAGUUGAAACACAAACAUAUCCUGCUGGGCAAAGGAGAACAGCAGAAAGGCUAUUUGCAAUGUUUGUUUUCAUUGUUUAAAUAUUAUUGUGCUGUCUUCUGUUGUCCAGAAUUAAUUAAAUCUCUGAUGCUACAACUAGAAGCAGGAUUUUUCCCUUUUUUUUUUUUUUUUUUUUUUUUUUUUUUUUUUUUUUUAAUUAUUGGGUUUGCUCCUUUACUGUAAUGCUUUUAGAACAGAGGGACUGUCUAAUGGCAUCUCACUUAGUAUAGGAUAGAGGUUUCUUCUAAAAUUACUUCCUGGGCUUCGUCAAUGAGUAAACUAAAAAUAGAACAGACCUGAGAGGAAUCUUACUAAGAUUUGUUAACGAGAAUUAGUGUCCUAUUCAUUUAUUCUGUACUGCAAAUAAAUACUGGAAAUAA